AUGGGUCAGAUCCAGUAUUCUGAGAAGUAUUUUGAUGAUAAUUAUGAGUAUAGGCAUGUUGUUUUGCCUCCUGAAGUUGCUAAAUUGCUUCCUAAGAAUCGGCUUCUCUCUGAAAAUGAGUGGCGUGCUAUAGGUGUUCAGCAGAGCCGUGGCUGGGUUCAUUAUGCUAUUCAUCGUCCUGAGCCACACAUUAUGCUUUUCAGGAGGCCUCUGAAUUAUCAGCAGCAGCAGGAUAACCAGGCACAGCAAAGCAUGCUUGUUAAGUGA